AUGGGGGUGCGAGGCGGCGGCGACAAGCCCAAGAAGCACAAGGACCGCGGCGUCAAGUUCAAUGAGAAGCACACGCUCAAGUACGGCCUGUCGGUGUGCAGCCGCAACGCCAAGACGAGCGUGGUGGAGUCCGUCAUGUGCAAGUUCUGCGUGGCGUUCGGCAAGGAGUCGGCGGCGGACGCCACCCGCAAGCGCCGCGCCACGGCCAACAUCAAGUACUUCCGGCAGCCCUUCCGCGCCGACCACUACCUGUCGCACCUGGAGAUCAACCACAAGCACAAGUGGGCCGAGUACGAGCAGUCGUCCAGCCCCGAGAAGGAGAAGUUCUUCGCCGCGCACAUCGAGGAGGCCACCAUCAACUCGCUCGCGAUGGCGCAGCAGCAGAUCAUCAGCGCCCAGGCGGGCACUGCCGUCAGCAGCUGCGCCCCCGGGGCCAGCCCGGCGUCGGGUGUAGCGGGGACGGGGGCGCCACCCGUGCAGCGUGUGGGUCCCGUUCGGCUGCCGGCCUCGGAGAUCGAGAAGCGCGUGGUGGAAGAGCUCGUGGGCGACAUGUUCUUCAACGCCUGCGACGAGGACGGACUCUCGAAGGAGCAGGCGCUGGACGUCUUCCGCCGCAAGGAGGGGGCGGAGAACUACGACAUUCUCCUCAAGAACCAGCGGCUGUACGACCUAGCCAUCAAGUUCGUGGCCUGUGGCGCGUCCUACCGCUUGACCUCUCGCAUGGUGCAGUGCACCAAGGAGGAGACCAAGAUGGCGUACUACGGCGGUUGCUCAGAGCACAGAGUGGCGGGCUACGUCCGUGCAGUGAUUGCGAGUAAUCUGCAGAAGAUCGCGCUGAUGAUGCGCUCCUCGUGGGCGUAUGCGCUGGCCACGGAUGCGGCCGUCCACCAAGGUACGUCGUACUUGGAUAUUCGCGUGCGGCUAUGGCAAAACGGAGCGUUGCAGGACUUCCACCUGCUGACGCUGCCCUCGUUCGACCAGCACCCAGCGCCGUCGAUGAUGGAGCGCCUUGAGAAGUUCCUCGACAUCAUGGAUUCAAAUUGGCGUGGUAAACUGCUCGGCACGACCACCAACGGCGGCGUUAAUACAGGCCGCAAUACCGGUACAACAGGCAGCCAGCAGGGGCUGUCCGCUCGACUCACGACGGUUGUGACGAAGCCUGCGUUCUAUCUAAUCUGGUGCGGCGUGCACCAACUGGAGCUCGUGGUGAAGAACUGCGUCGCCGCGUUCUGCCAGAAAGCCUUUUAUGACGAGCUGGUGUCGGUCCUGGCUACACUACGCCAAGACCAGCAGAGCUCCCAUCAAGAGGGCCCGUUGUCCCCAUUUGCCACGGAAGUCAUCCCCGACGUCACGACUGCGUUCUCCAGUACUCGUGGCUUUGCCGAGAAGUUGAUGGCAGCGCUCAAGUGGCUGAUAGAACACCGACUCGCCGUCAUUCAACGACUUCAGACCGCUUUCCCGACUUCUGUGCCCUCUGCAUCGUGGUGGGUCUGCGUAGCGGUCGCCCACCGCGUGAUGGCCGAGAUCGCGUACUUUAUGAAAAAGUUGCUGAGCAUGGAGAAAGGUCCGAACCGCGUGAGCGAGCAAGUUCAGGAACUGUGCAAGCUGGCGCUGAUCAUGGCGGACGUUGUUGGUGCUAGGCGGGACUUGUGGGAAUCGCGAAACCCGGACGAAGCCUGCGCGGCAGGGUCCUUCCAACUGACCUUCCAGAACGCGCAGCAGUUCAUCCAGAACGAGGGCGGUCCGCUGGCUAUUGAGAUGUUUGACACACUUCGCGGAGUUGAGCGGCUUCACAUCGCCAAGUCUGUGGCGCACUUUGCGGUGGAUCUGAUAGCUGGCGUUGCCACCAUCGCUCAGGAUGGACGACACUACUGCGCCGAAGACGUGGGCGUGCUUGUCAAUCCGCCAGUCGUGAUGCCUAUCGAAGUGUGCGAAAUGGGGCAGGAGGCGUUCGUGAAGCUCCUCUGUGAGCAGGAGGCGCGCUUGCGCGAGACUUUCUCCGACGAGGAGAUCAAGACGAUUCAGAGCGAGUACGAAGAGUUCGUGCUGGCUGUGAGUCGCGAGCCGAUUCUCGGCGGGGUGCUCAAGGAGCACAACCGAGACACAGAUGUGUCCUUCGCCUGGUCCUGCGUCAACGGCCGGUUCCGCAUGCUGCAAGAGUUCGUCGGCGGCCUGGCUUCGGUGGUCCCUGACGUGUCGGCAGGCACUCUAGCGGCGGACCUGACGUGGCUCAACUGGGAGAAACCGGACUAUCGCCAGACGAUGAUCGACUUCUCGCUCGAAGGCAUCUUGCAUGCAAAGCAGAAGAUGAAGGUGGAGCUCGUGGACGUUCACUCUCUGCAGUCCGCAGCCUCGUCCACUGCGGACGGGAGCAUGUUGGGUAGCACACCUGCGACUCCGGACGUGGAUCUCGCGUCCUCCUCCCCCGCGGCAGCAGUAGCAGCAGCAGCAGCAGCGUCGCUGGGGGCCAACUUGGGUAGCAUCCCUCUUCCCACUGCAACGAUGGCCAUGCCGCUUGGCAUGCAGAGCACGAUAACGGCGCAGGACAUCGCGAGCCUCUCGGGCAUGGCCAUGCCCAAAACGGGCUCCACUAGCAGCUCAAGUGGCAGUGCCAAUGGCACCGACCAGCAUUACAUGCUCGUGUAG